AUGAGUGACGUUGUGUUCUUCUCCUUCCUUGUCUUCCUGGGCAGCCGUUGGGGUGCAGAGCCCCUGUCUAUCCCUGUGACUGAAGGUGUGGAGAACGAGUUUUCCUCAAGUUCAAAGCAUCUCGAAGAAGAUAUGGCUAAACUAUUUGAUGAGAUCGUGCUGCAGGUGUUUCCCAGCACUUUAGAUGGUACAAGCACGGCUGGCAGACUGAUCACGGGGAGAGACGUGAAUGAAACCUAUCUCCACCAUAAUGGGGUCAGCGAUUCUGUGUUGGCAUCAAGUUCAUAUCAGCAAGAUGACUACUUGGAUAAGAUAUUUGAUGAGAUUCUGUGGCAGGUGUUUUCUAACAAUUCAAAAUAUUUAUCAGAAGACGACGCAAGAACAACUGAUCAGCCAGUCACACGGAAAGUCUCGAACAAAACUCGUGCUGCUGAGAAGAAUAAAGAUAAAGAACCAUCUCUAUUCAACAGGGAUUUAAGCCAUCAAUUAAUUGCUGGCGGCAAAGAAGCACUCCAGGAAAAUGCUCAAGUUGCUUACAGGGAGAGUCCGCCUUGUUCCCAGCUGCUGAGCUUCCUGCAGAAGAACAUCAUUUCUGCUACCACUGCCAUGGCUUCGAUCCUCCUGGUGGCAGUGCUGGUGGUGCUCAUGCUGGUCAUGUGUGUAAGGCGGAGACAGCCAAAGUUUUCUCCGGCGAAGAUGACGUACAAUAUUUUCAUAAUGAACGGGAAGGCUUGGUGGCAAAAUUCCCAAGAUAAGCACCUGAAAAAAUUUACGGGAAAGCAGAAGUACCCGAAGUUCAAUUCUUUUGUCUAAGCCCGUGGAGGGGCCAACAAACUGCCACCCAGCCACUGCCGGAGGGUUCUUUCGCGCUACCUGGACAGA